UGGGGUUUCUCGUUCAUCACCAAUUAUCUCUUGGCCUAUUGGUUGCAGGGGCAGAUUAGGAGGUAUACGCUAGCUCAGAUCAGUACGUACGGACUAAGUGACCUUUCAUAACUCAGAUUCUAGAGCUUAGGUCAUUUUUCGUUGCCUUCGUAGCUCACGUACGGACAGUGUGACCUUUCAUAAGUUUACGUUUCAUCGCCUUCGUAGUUCACCUUAGGGAGGGAGUGCAGGAGUGCAGUGCGCCAACGCCUAGCUUCAAGGGUUCUACCUACAAACAGCCGCCAUGAGGCUGUUAGAGAGGACGCAUUCGCCUCAUCGGCAUAAACUGAGUGCCUUGGUUCUCGCCCUUAGCUUCCUCGCAGUAUUAUCGCCUCUCGCCAAAGCACAAGGGGUUGCGGAUACUCAAAAACCUGCUCUCCAAGCGAUUGUUGACGCGUGGGGUCAGGCCCUGCCGCUGAGCCAGACGUGGUUCAACGCAUCGGACUGCUCGCAAUGGCUCGGUCUCACCUGCAACGCGCUUGGCGAAGUCACUUCCUUAGUGUUUUCAGGGCGAACCGAGCUUGCGGGAGCGUCGAUUCCCGAUGCUGUGACUCAGCUCUCGGCUCUUCAGAAAUUGGCUCUGGACCACAUGCUGCUCGUCGGCAAUAUUCCUGCUGACAUCGGAUUCUUAUCCGCACUGACGAACCUGUCCCUUAGCGGAAACGCGUUGACUGGUGGUCUCCCAAGCAGCAUCUCCAAUCUGGUCAACCUGCAGAUAUUGGAUCUGAGCUCAAACUACCUGACUGGAGCCCUUCCCAACGCCUUCAAUGGGCUCACAGCUCUCAACACUUUGGCCCUCGGAAAAAAUCGGUUCUCUGGAGUAAUACCCGCUUCGCUCUUCGACCUUUCCCAGCUCCAGUCACUGCUUGUGGGAAAAAACAAGUUGUCCGGCUUUCUUCCUGAGAGCAUCGUCGGCCUGCAGUCUCUCGUCGCACUGGACGUUAGCCGCAAUCAGUUUUUUGGCAACCUCCCCGCCGCCCUCCGGUCUUUCACUGGCCUCGUCUUCCUUGACGUCAGCGACAACCUGUUCAGCGGGAGCCCCGUCUCCUCCUUCGCCUCUGCUUCGCUCGCCAACGCCGCUCAGGCAACUUAUGAUCUCAGCGGAAAUUACUUCAUCACCCCGCCAGUCACCUUCACCGCACAAUCUGCAGAAUUCUGCCCCUCGAAUCUCAAUGGCGGAUUCGCGCAGGCAAAUCUCGACCAGUUCGGCUCGUCGGAACGCAGCAGCAUGAGGGAGAAUUGUUUCUUGGGCGGAAAUUGGAACGUCUCGGAAAGUUUCACGCAGGGCAAGGGCAAGAGCAACAAAAAAGACCAGAAGAAACUGGCGGGGAGCAGCGGCGGAAGCGCGAGCGCGGGGACGGGCUGCAGCGUGGGCGCGCAGCGGCGGGCGAUUGAAUGCGUCGCGUUUUGCGGAGCCGCGCUCCCCGCGGGUGCCUGCGGGGGUCUUGGCUACUGCACCCUGAGCGCGCCAUCCCUCACCCCCACGUGCCUCUGCUACGACGGGAUGUACACCGUUACCCUAUCGGUUCGCGUAGGGGGUGUUACUGUUAUGUACCCCUCGUGCUCGCCGUUCCAGAGCUCCGCACCCCCCCCGCCGUCGCCCCCUGACGACGACACCAUGCGGAAGCGCGAUUUCCGCGGAGCGAAACUGGACGGCGCAGCGCAAUUAAGCGGGUCCUAUUACAACCAGUAUUUCCGCUACAUGACCGUCGGAUUUACGGGAACCGUGGCGAGCCCGCAGUGGACCAUUCCGCCGUCCGUUGACUGGACGUCGCGCAUCCCCUCGGCUCUUCUCGCUGCCAAGAACCAAGGCACUUGCUCCGCGUGUUGGAUCUUCGCCCCGGUGGCAGCAGUAGAAGCAGCCUAUGCCAUCGCGUACAACCUCGCUCCGCCCAACAUAUCCGAGCAGAAGGCCAUCGACUGCCAGGGCACAUGGACAUGUGAUGGGGGGAAGCCCGACGACGCGUUCAACUAUAUUGCUGCGAGUGGGGGUCUGCCUACUACUGACAGUUACCCUUACACGGGCAUUCUCAACUCCGCCUCGUGCAAGGUAGAUGACAAGGUCUCUGCUCGCUUUCGCGUCCGCCGUCUCCUCUCCACAGAUGAGUUCCCUGCGGAAGUCUCCGUUGCAGCCCCCAGCGUCUACCGUCACCGGAUGCUCGCCAAUUACAAGCCCAUGCUUGCCAAGGCCCCCGUUGCCCCUGCCAUGCCGCCCGCGCCCUACUCCAUCUCCAUGUUUGAGAGUGUCGGCAUUUCCGGGUGGCUGGGGAUCGCGCUCGCAGUCCAGAAGCAGCCCGUGGUGGUUUACAUCGAGGCGGUGUCGGACUCCUUUAAGGCGUUCACGGGCGGGGUUGUGUACAACGACCCCAAGUGCUUCAGCACGGGAAUUGUCGACCACCUGGUCGUUGUGGUGGGCUUUAACAUGAUGGACGCAGUGCCGUACUGGAUCAUCCGCAACUCGUGGGGUCCGUCGUGGGGCGAGAACGGCUACAUGCGGAUUGCGAUUGCGGGCGGCGCGGGAAUCUGUGGGAUGAACACAAUGCCCGGCCUCUAUCCUGUCAUCACGACCCCUGACCCGUGCAAGCCCAUCAACCCCUGCGGCGGCGGCACCUGCACGUCCACACCCACCAACAAGAGCCAGCGCAACAAGUGCACGUGCCCGGCUGGAUUCAUGGCUGUCACCAACCUUGACAAGACACAGACUUGUGCCCUCGCCAAGGUCUGCACGUUCUUUGCCGUCAACCCCUGCGGCUUCGGCUCAUGCAUAGACGACUCCAAGGGCGGCUACACCUGCCUCUGCUCCGCUGGCUACACCCUCGGGUCGCUCACAGACGGCACCACCACCUGUGUCCCAGGCGCACUGGUCACCAAGGUGGUGCUGCCUGUUGCCAUGUCCUGCGGCCUCGUCCGCACCACCUACCAGCUCUCCAAGAAGGAUUUCACUGCUCUCAACCCGAAGCUCAAGUGCAGCGGCAACUUCGCUGCCGGCACGUCCAUUGUCGUUCGCAACUCCACUACUGCCACACUGGGCUGUGUGGUCCCAUACACGAUCGCCCAGGGUGACACGUGUGCGUCCAUUGCAACACUCUUCAAUGUGACUCAGGCCUCUGUCAAUAUCGCCAACCCUGACAUCGAGUGUAACGCCCUCACGCCUGGCCAGCAGAUCUGCGUGCAAACCGGCUCCCCAGAGCCCCAGAGCUGCACCAGCUACUACACAGUCAACCCGGGGGAGACCUGCAGUGACGUCAUGGUCAACACCUACCCUCCAAUCAGCGCCACCCAGCUGUACCAGUACAACCCGGGGCUCAUUUGCACUUCAGACACGUCACAGAGGCUUGUGGGGCAAGAUUUGUGCGUGGAUUCUGUCGUGGUGGGAUUGUCCUGCAGCUACGGCACCUACACUGUGGUGAGGGGAGAUACGUGUUCAAGCGUGGUAUGGAAGGUCUUCAAGGGCUCCUACCCUCUCAUGUACUCCUACAAUCCUGGCUGGGCCUGCUCCUCUAGCUCGCUCUACGUAGGCAAGGUGCUCUGCAAGCCCAAACCAUGAAGUGUAACAGCUGUGGCACCUGUAUACAAGCAUGUAGCUUAGAGUUCAGGAUGCGGUGCUUGCUAUAAGUGGCAUGAGAUGCCCAGUACUGAUUUGGUUUGGUCCCAAACUAUUCGUUUAUUUGUUGUGUCAGAAAUGACCUGGCUUGUUUGAUGUGCUGAAUUGCAAACAGAAGGGAUAAGCGCUGAAUUGCAGAGUGCCC